CGCUCCUGCGGGAAAAGCACAAAUGUGGAGACUUGUUUGGUAGAAAUUUGGGCAUUCUUUCUGGUGUUCAAACUUUGAUGGAAACUUCCUUUCUUCACCCUCAAAGCUAUCUCCAUCAAUUUCUCUACUCUCAAGUUCAACCCAGCCACAGUGCUUUCAGACUGCAACCAAAAGUCAAGCCAAGCAAAACCAUGAAACCACUCUUCAUUCUAGGCCCUUCAACUUAAGUCAGCGUCCCAUUCCACUGAAAGAUUUUAGCUUUGGUUUCAAGAAUGUCUUCUUCUGGGAACGAAUAUCAGAAUCCGAGGAAAACUCCAGUCAUGGAAGAUUCACCUUCAAAGAGGAUUGAGUUUCUUCGAGCACAAUUAUUUUCUGAAAGAUCAGUCUCACAAACAGCAAGGCAGAGAGUUGAUGAACUGGCGAAGAGGGUUGCAGAACUGGAGGCACAGCUCAAGGUUGUCUCUUUGCAACGGAAGAAAGCCGAGAAGGCCACAGUAACUGUGCUUGCCAUUUUAGAGAACCUCGGUAAAAGUGACGUUUCAUCAGAGGGUUUCGAUUCGGGUUCUGAACAGGGAGGUGCCCUUUGUGAAUCCAAUGUUUCUGAUAAUAAAGACGCACACAAUGAAAUGUUUGAUGGAGAUGCCUGUUCAAGCUCUGAGAUUGGCUCUUCUGCAUCAUGUCGGUGGAUAGGGCAUGUGCCAACAAGAUCAGUUGCCGAAGAGUCAUGCAAUGAUUCUAGUGUAAGAGCUGCUUUUGAUAAUGCUGUUGCGAGCUUCGGGACUGAGUCACUGCAAGGUUGUCUUGAACACCAAAAUGAAAAAGGCCAAGUAGGGAUUCCAGCUUUGCAGGUAUCAAAAAAUCAAAGCCACAUGGGCGAUAGCAACUUAUUCUGUAAACUUGAAGAUGGCAAAGACUUGGAAAGCGCAUUAGAACAUCAAGCACAGCUUAUCGGUCAAUAUGAAGCAGAGGAAAGAGCCCAGAGAGAAUGGGAAGAGAAGUAUGGAGAGGGCGCCAGCUUCAUGCGGGAUUCUGGGGAAAACCAUUCUGAUGUGACUGAAGAAAGAGAUGAAACGAAGGCACCCGAACAGCCAUGCUCCCCGCCAAGGGCAAUAAGUACACACUUCAGUGGAGCACAGAAAUCUCCCAACGGGUUUCAGUCACCCGUACUUGCUGAAGAGACAUCCCGAGAAACAUCUGGUCUUGACUCCCCAUCAGAAUUUACGUUUCCUAAGGGAAACCAUGAACCAGUACAUUCAGAACAUACUGGUCAAACUUGCCACAAGCCUUUGCGUUUCAGUAGUUUGCCAGUAAACCCCAUUGAGCAUGCUUCAUCUUCUUUCGGUGGCAGUAGUUUACGAAAAGGAGAAGAUUCAAGAGAAGGCUAUGAGCUUGCUUUGAAGUCCCACACAACUGGCGAAAAUGUACAACCUGUUCUUCAUGCACUAGAACAAGUUAAAUUGUCACUGAAACAGAAGCUCAACAUUUCGCCACAGAUAGAGAGCAGGUUGUCGAUUAAGGCUCUUGCACCUUCAACCCAUUCUGGUAAAAUUGGUGAAAAAGUCGAGAUACCGGUUGGCUGCCCAGCUCUUCAUCAACUACCAUUAUGUUCUCCCUCGCAAUUCAGUUCAGUUAAUCAUUCUCCUGAACCCGUUCCUAGUAAGUUCUACCCCAACCCUUUCUUGGAAUCUAGAUCAAUUGCUUCAAUUUCAACUAGCCAGUCUACACAUAUUGGCUCAAGAAACACAGCAUGGAGUCCUAUGCUGGAGCCUGCCUUCAACACACUACCCUCUUCCUCGACCUCGAGAUUCAACUUUCUCAACCCUCACCUAAGUUCAGUCAUUCCCUUUUCUAGCAACUAUACUGUCCCUAGUAUCCCAACAUAUCCCUUCUCCCCCAAUUUGAUGCCACGGUUACCAUCCCCCGAAGGAUUCUCUGCUACCUUUCCUAGCAGGGAAACUGGGAUGCCUCUUCCAACAAGGUUUUCCCCUUAUAAUGAACAUAUCAGAUCGAAUAUGCAUAGAUAGUUGCAUGCUACUAUUUUUAGGAUUUGUGAUGUUUAUGUUUCUUUUACAUAUCUUCCAUGCAUUUAGGUUUUUGGUUUAAGAGCUGCUGACUUGCUAUUGUAUCAAAAUAUUUCCUUGUAAAUUGAUAGAACAUAUCAGAGAGAAUAUGCAUAGAUAUUUCUUCUGUAAAAGAAAGUUAUUGAUAUACAUGUGCUAUUUCCUUAUUAUCA